CAGUUAGUGUUAUCUCAAGUUAUACACCGUUGCAAGCUGCAGUACAACAGUAGUUUACUUACAAGCUGACGCUCAGUGAUACGCGGCAAUAUCGCUGGUACGCAGUUACACUGCAUUCUCAUCUGCAAUUAGUAAAGAUUAUUUAUAAUAAUCGAUCAACGAUUGUUGGAUAAUGGAAUCCUUUGAAAUAUUAUGUGGCAUUGCCGCCGUAGUUCUUGCUAUUUAUUAUUACCUCACAUCGACUUUUGACUUUUGGAAGUCACGUGGCGUUCCUGGCCCACGACCAAUACCGGGACUUGGUAAUCUUAAAGACGUUAUGUUAACUAAAAAAUUUGCGGGUGAUUAUGUAAAAGAUAUAUAUAACACAUACAAAAAUGAACCAUUGAUUGGGAUAUUUGCCAGGAAGACACCCAUUCUUAUUGUAAAAGAUUUAGAUUUAAUUAAGAAUAUUCUUAUCAAAGAUUUCUCCAACUUUGCUGACAGAGGAGUUCCCAGUUUCAAAAAGGCCGAGCCAUUGUCGCAACAUCUUUUCACUUUGGAGCCAAAGAGAUGGCGACCGUUGAGAAUGCGAUUGUCACCUGUUUUUACAUCCGGUAAACUAAAGGAGAUGUUUUCUUUAAUAUCAGAAUGUGCUGAUCACCUGAUCUUGUACAUGGAAAAGAUAGCGAGCGGGAAUGAACCAGUAGAAUGCCGUGAGUUGAUGGCUAAAUAUGCGACUGAUGUAAUCGGUUCCUGUGCCUUCGGUAUCGAGAUGAACGCGUUGUCAAACGAGGACAGCGAAUUUCGCAAGAUGGGAAGGAAAGUAUUCACUCCGACAUGGGAAAAUAUGUUACGAGUAAGAAUGAGAGAAUCUUUUCCGUGGCUGUACGAAAUGCUCGGUUAUAUCUUACCGCAGACAGAAAUUACCAAAUUCUUCACACGAGUCACCGUGGAGACCAUGAAUUACAGAGAAAUGAAUAAUAUUACUAGGAAUGAUUUUAUUGAUAUGUUACGCGAAUUAAAGGAACAUCCAGAUAAAUUGGGUGAUGAUUUUGAUUUGACAGAUAGUAUAAUAGCUGCUCAAGCAUUCGUAUUUUUCCUUGCUGGCUUCGAAACUUCCUCGUCUACUGUUAGCCAUGCGCUUUAUGAAUUAGCACUAAAUGAGAAAAUACAAGAAAAUUUGCGUAAAGAAAUUAAUGAAGUCUAUGCAAAACAUGGUGAAAAUUUAACAUACGAUAAUGUAAAAAAAAUGGAUUAUUUAGAUAAAGUUUUUAAAGAAACCUUACGAAAAUAUCCGCCACUGACAUUUCUUAUGAGACAAUCUAUGUCGAGUUAUACUUUUGGUGGUACCAAAGUUAGUAUACCGAAAAACCAACAAAUAUGGAUUCCUAUUUACGCGAUUCAGCGAGAUUCAGAUAUUUAUCCAAAGCCAGAUGUCUUUGAUCCAGAAAGAUUUUGUGAUGAUGCUGUGCAAAGUAGGCAUCCGAUGACUUAUCUACCUUUCGGGGACGGGCCAAGAAAUUGUAUUGGUGCACGCUUCGGUGUUUACCAGAGUAAAAUUGGACUUAUAAAGGUACUACGGAAUUACAAAUUCGAGACUUGCGAGAAAACUCCAAUACCUUACGUAAACAAUCCUAAGGCAUUCUUAUUAGCACCGAAAGACGGAUUACACUUGAAAAUAAUUAAAAUUAAUCGAACGUAAUUUAAGCUUCUCUCUAACUUUCCAUGGAAAGUAUUCGUAGUAAAUAGUGGUAGAAAUCUGACAUUUACAACAAUUAGAAGUUGUGCGACUAUUAUCAAUGUCAUGAUACAUAGAAAAACUUAAAACAUAAGACUUGAAUAGUAAGUGAAUCCAAUCACACUACAGAUUGUAAGACCAUAAUGUGAGCAGUAGCGAAUGUAACAUGUUGAUUUCUUUAUUGUAUUGUAACAUGUUGAUUUCCUUACUGAUUUGUAUCAUUUUUCUUUUAUGACUUAUUUAAAUACAAAAACACACUAAUAGGAAUAGACACAGUAAUAGGAAUAGUUACCCAACAUAAGAAAAGUUACAUUGUUUCGAAUGGAUUUAAUUCUCGAACUUUGAAAUGCUAACAAUAAAUGUUUAAAACAUACUUAAAGAACUGAUGUAUUAUAGAAGAAUAUCAAUAAAACUGGAAUCA